GGCAAGAGAAUCAAUGAAACACUGGGAUAGCCUUAUUUAGCAAGCGAGCAGAUACGCGACUGUCCAAACAUCUGGGGGAAAACGGUGCGCACCUUCCACAGACGACUCUCGAUCUCAACUUGCAUUCCACACCGCACCCUUCACUCGUGCUGCAAUUGGUGGUCCCGUGCCAGAUCGCCUUUUGACAGCAUCCUGGCUUCAAUUUUCGAUUCUGCUUUGCAAUCGGCUCCGUUGAGUCCCGUCUUCCGUGAAGAUUUUUGUCAGCCACAGCCGAGCUCUCGCUAGCUGUGCAUCGUGGAACACAAACUUUGGUCGGCCCCUUGUCGACUUUUAGCGCAACCUCAACUCUGACCGCCGUUGCGGACGAAUAGAAACUUCCCGACUCGAGAAGGCUCUCGUCAGCAAGCUCCGUCAUGUCAUCAGAUCAACGUCAACCCCCGAAUCAAGACGAUACAAUCAACACACGUCAACGAUCAGAAGAAAGCGUCAGUACUCAUCCAUUAGCUGAAGAGCUGAUACAGUGGUAUACUCAUCAAGGCGGCUGGCUCAGUCCCGAUGUACAUAUUUUGUUUAGCCAUGCGCGCGGCUUCCACAUGCAAGCUUUGAGACCGCUGAGCUCGCCAAAUGUGGCGUCCUGCCCCCUAAGGCUUACUCUCUCUUGUCUGAACCUAGAUCCAACUCAAAAAGAACUUAUCCCAGUCACAAGUCCCCUGCAGCAGUGCCGAGGAAAGAUCCCUGAUCACAUACUCACGUAUCUCCUUUUGAUUGAACAGCGUAAGAAGGGCAAGGAAUCGCCAUGGUAUGCUUACAUUGCUUGUCUGCCGGGACCGGAGAGCAUGACCACUCCGCUGUGGUUCGAUGAGCAUGACGUCUCUUUCCUAGCAGGCACCAGUUUAGCACCUGCAACCAAAGAGAGAAAGGCAGAUAUGCAUAAGCAAUGGGAGCAGGCUGUAGGUGUCAUGAGAGAGGUUGGAAUCGCAACGGCUGACGAAAUCCACUUGGAUCUGCUCCUAUGGGCUGCCACAAUCUUCACCUCACGCGCGUUCAUAUCCACACAUAUCCUUCCUGAUCAGGAAACGAUACCGAUCCUCUUCCCAGUUGUCGACAUUCUAAACCACUCUGUCUCGGCCAAAGUAGAAUGGGACUUCCAGCCUCAUCGCUCUUUUACUCUGAAGUGUCUUGAUGGUGCCACCUUCGGUCCGGGUGAGGAGCUGUUUAACAACUAUGCUCCAAAGCAGAAUGAUGAGCUACUCCUCGGGUACGGUUUCUGUCUCGCAGACAACCCUAUUGAGCAAUUUGCCUUGAAACUCGCCUUUCCGCCUAUGCUCCAGGAGUAUGCGCAGGAAAUGGGUUUGUUAGAUCCGAAGAAUGUACCUUUCGGCAUGUCAACAUCUUUCUUGACUACAGACCCAAACAAGGAACAACACUUUCUGCGCGCCAAAGAUCACCCUUUCGGACGCUACGAUAACCACAUACCUUUCUUCCGUGGUAUCCCGCCCUACAUCGUGCAUUUCUUCUUCAUACAGUGCAUGCUCGCUCUGGACAUCGACGUACAGUCAAUCAACAUCGAGCGCCCAGGCGCAAGAAUAACACUGCAAGUCCUAACGUUGUUACACCAAGCCAUCUCCCAGCGAUGCGCCACCCUCCCACUAACCAUCGACCUCGAACCAAAGACCGAUAAACAGAGAUACGCGAAGAUCUACCGCGAUGGACAAGCCAAAAUCAUUCACUCCAUUCGUCUCGAGCUCAGUGCUGUGAUCAACAACCUGCGUUCCCCCGACCAACCUCGUUUACUAUCUCCAGUCAACGCCCUAGCAGCCCUGCAGUCCUCUUUCCCCACUCACGCCUCACAAUUCACCGCCGGCCUCUCAGAGCAUGAUCUCUCUGGGCCAGAAGACGAGGGCUUGAUAUGGGCACUCCUCCUCACUACGUUCCUUGCCCUGGCCUUAGCAACCCCACCCCCUGCCCAAGACACCUCUUCGCCAUCCUUCAUCCACGCACUCAUGGCAACCUACCCUCUUCCCGCACUGGAAGACGGCAUCGAAGACGCAGAAACGUACACCUUCAUCGACGAGAACCUGUCUUCCUUCCUCCGCCUUCCCAGCCCCGCCCAAGCGUCAGCAUCAGAUGAGUCACCGACAGAUAUGCUUGACGACCUCGGCCUCACGUUCUUGAAUCAGCCCGUUGAUAAUACGGCACCGGUCUUCAUACAGGGGAAGACGGAGAAUCUGGGCGUCAGGGUGGUGAUGUGGGCGAUGGGAGUUGUGGAUCGGGCGGUGGUGUCUGUGCUUGAGGAUGGGGGGCUGAAGAAAUGUUUGUUUGUUGAGGAGGGGAGUGGUGAAGAGUGGAUGUACAAUGAUGUCGAUGUGUCUGGUGAUGGAAUGUUGUAGAGCUCAUGAAAGACAAGAGUAUGACC